CAGCGUUGAGUGGAGAAAAAGUGUUCCAAAGAGGACAAAUCUCAAAGUAAAACGUCAAUCACGCUCGCCCCGCCCACCCCACCCCACCUCUUUGGGUCCAGCCUAUUUUGGACACCGUUCAUGUGAACCCGCUUUGGACACACCCAUCGCGCCCAAUCGACGCCUUCACAUCAAGCCAUGCUUCAGAACUGACCCACCCACCAUCGGGAAAACGGAAUAAUUUAAGACACACCUCCUCACGGGCCCGCCCCACUUACCGCAGAGUCACGACGAAGACGGCGGAAAAAGUACAUUCAAUGGCGGAAGCCAUGCGAUCGGAUGCUUUGGGCCCCAUGACCACGUCAGCCCGCCCCCUUUUGCCGUCGGGUCCAGCGCCUAUGGUGGCGAGUUUGGAAAUGCCUAGUCCACCCGCCCCCUUGGCCCCGCCCGUCUCACAACCAUCGGCAUUUCAGCCGGUGGUGCCCUCUCGCCCGACCACCUCUCGCACUCCACCUUUGUCCACGGUGGCCAACGGGCCGCCUUCGAUUUUACGUCGCGGUCCCGCCACGCCCCCCCGGUCCGAUGAAGACUCCUCGCCUGCCCCUUCUUCUUCCGGCAGUGAUGAUCGGAUGGGGUCGCCUUCGGAUCUACGAAAGUCCGCCGAAGACGAGGAUGAAGAGGAAAUGGAGGAUCGGGAUCGAGACCGUGAUGAGGACAAUGAUGGGGAUGAGGAUGAAGCGGAGGAGAGAGGCCCAUUGAAAGAGGCGGGAUUCCCGACCAGCCACCGGGUGCCUCUGGGUGGUCAAAACGCCUUUGCCUGGCCCGCACAUUUGGCUGAUGAUGAGCGAAGACAAUUGUUGGGUACGGAGGAAGAAUCCUCGGAGCGACCUUCAUCGGAUGACGAGGACCCCAAAGAAGAGUGGAAUAUCACUCGCGAGCAGCUGAACUACUACACUACUCAAUUCUUCAGUAUGCAAUCCGAUCCCCGUGGAGUGAUUCCCGGCUGCCAAGCCAAGGAGUUCUUCGAAAAAUCUCACCUGCCCAUCGCUGAAUUGCGACAAAUUUGGCAACUCUCGGACGUCACCAUGGACGGCUGCUUGAGCCUGGAGGAGUUCCUAACCGCCAUGCAUUUGGUGGUGUUGCGUCGCAACGCCAUUGAAUUGCCUCAGAAAUUGCCCGUCAGUUUGCUGCCCCAAACGCUCCGCACGAAAGUGGUAGACCGUCACAACAAAGACCUGUAUCGUCGAGAUGGGGAUGCCUUGGAUGGGGGUGCAGAUUCAUUGCUCGAGGAUACGGGCGAGCCCCUCAGCCAGAACGAGAGCGAUCGGAGUGAGGCCCCUUCCUCGGCUUCGCGGCGCUCUCGGGUGCAUCACAAUGAGAGUGGCGGCUUGACUAGUCCGGGAUCCAUUAGUUCACCCGGGCCCAAGCCCGUGAACUUUGAUUUCCACCGCCCCGAUGCCCGUCGUAAUCCGCACUUGGUUCAGCCCGUGGCCAUGCGUCUCUCGCCCGAGUCCCCUGUGAUACCUACCUCGGACGACGAAGACCAAAACACCGUGUUGCCCAAGGUGCGACCCGGUCGUCGUGAGGUUGUGUACGAGCAGCUGUGGAACCAGGAAGAUGUGGCGUCUGCGACCGAGGAGAGUCUCAGCUCUCUCACACUUAAAGCACCUCUGCCCGACCGAUCUAAAGCCGGACGACCCUCAUCUUCCCUGGACAAGUCCGACAUGACCGAUGAAGAGGAGGUGGAAAACUCCACAGAGAUCGAUAGCGAUGGCAAUCUGAGUCCCAGUCCCGUGCGUCCCAUUGCCCCCAGUGGGUUCAGCUCAGCUGGUGGGACAAGCCUGCCGUACUUUUCUGAUGCUUUGCAACGAAUGAAAAAGGUGUCCCCGCCCCUCCCGCCCCCCCGAGUGGCCUACCAAACGCCCACCUCCAAGACGCAUGCUCGAAGUAGCUCACUAGAUCUGAACCAAUUCCAAAAUCAAUUCGGACGAAGUGGCGUGCGGCAUCCACCCGCAGUGCCGCCGCGUGUCGAAACUUCCUCCAAUUCUGAAGUUCACAUGGUGGGCAAAGGGGUGAAGGGCCUUCAAAUCAGCAUUCAUCAAUUAAAGGAUAAGAAUAGUGUGAUUGCCCGAACAAUCAACGAGCUCCACCAAGAAAUUUCAGACGCCUUGGAGGAGCGCAUUGGGCUGGAGUAUCAAUUGGAGCAGCUAAAAUCCU